AUGAUUAAUUAUGGAAAUCCUGCAUUAAUUCUAUAUAAUGGAAAUCAUUCUAUGAUUCUUUAUAAUAGAAAUAAUGCUAUAGUUCCAUACAAUCAAAAUAAUGCUCUUAUACCAUAUGAAAAUAAUGCUCUUAUACCUCAAAGAUCGAUGAUUUUUUCAAAUCAAGAUAAUAAAAUAAAAUGUCCUAUUAGACCACCAAUAGUAAUUGGAAAUUUAAACAAUUUAAGAAAAUCUGUAAAAAAAUAUUUUGAAAAUCCAACAUUAAAUUUGAGAUCAUGUCAAUGCUGUAGUAAAAUUGGUCAUACUCAAAGAAAUUGUUAUAGAAGAGCAAAUUGUAUUUCAAAUUAUGUAAAUGUACCAUUUCAACAACAAUAUAUAAAUAUAUCACAACAACCAUUUAUUUUUUAUAAUCAAAAUAUUCCUAAAAUACCAAGAGUUUCUAGAGUACCAAAAAUACCAAGAAGACCUAAAAUUCCAAAUUAUAUUGCUGCAUUACAACUAUGUUUAAAUCCUAGAUUAAUAAAAUUAAUUAGAGAAUUGAGAUUAUGGUAUGUUGAAAAUAAUAGACCAGUAGCACUGAAUAUUGGAAUUGAAUUACAACCUCCACCAAAACAACCACCUCCUAUACCACAUAGACCUCCACUUUCAAUUCCUCUAAGACCUAGAAAUAACAGAAAUGGUAAUGGAAAUAAUAAUAUUCCUUAUAAUAGAAUGGAUAGAAAUAUUAAUAAUCGAUUUGAAAGAAUUAAUGAUAAUAUUAUUAAUAUGAAUCAGAGAUUUGAUAUUCUUGGUUCAACUUUAAAUAAUAAUUUUGAUAAAAUAAAUACUAAUAUUGAUAAUACAAUCCAACAAAUUAAUACAAAUUUUAGAGAUUUUAAUCAAAGAAUUAAUAAUUUAAAUCAAAAUAAUCAAAGACUUAAUAAUAAUUUUGAUAAUUUAUUUCAAAGAAUCAAUAAUAAUAAUCAAGAAAUAGGAAUAUCUAUAAAUUAUUUUAAUGAACAAAUAAAUGAUAUUAAUCAAAAUAUUUAUAGUAUAAAUUUUGAUAAUACACGUUUAAAUACUUAUUUACCAAAUUUAGAAAAUUUAUAUACUCAAUUAAUAACAAGAAAUAAUAACAAUUUUGAAGAAUUAUUUAAUAAUCUUCAAAAUGAUAUUAGAACUAUAAAUUUAAAUAAUGAAUGUUUACAACAAUAUAUAGCAAAUUUUGAAAAUAUACAAAAUCAAUUAACUACAACAAGAAAUAAUUAUAAUCUUGAAGCAUUUAAUAAUUUCAGAAAUGAUAUUAGAAAUAUGGUAUUUAGACAAUUAAAUACUAAUCAAUAA